AUGAGUCUCUCCGCUAAAGGACAAGGCAAUUGUCAAGGCCUUUUUGGCAAGGUUGCCGGCAGGACAGAGGAUGUUGCCAACGAGGCGCUUUCCAGGACGCUGCUGGUGUACACACAGACCAAGAGAUAUUUCUCCCACUGGAAGGACCUGAGCCUCGGCUCUGCCCCGGUCAGGAAGCACCGUGGGACCGUUAUGGGAGGCGUCCUGGAUGUCAUUGGGAAGAUUGACGACCUUAAUGCUGGUCUUCUUACACUCAGCGAGUUGCACGCCUUCAUGUUGAGAGUGGAUCCUGUCUACUUCAAGAUCUUCAACCACAACAUGCUGGUGACGCUGGCCAUGAUGUUCCCUGACGACUUCACCCCUGAGGUGCACGUGGCCACAGACACGUUUCUGGCCCAGCUGGCCCUGGCUCUGUCUGAGAAGUACGGUUAA